UCAUCACCGGUAUGGACGCGUCGACCGCGAUGUCCGCGGACACCAAUCCGCCAAAGAGUGAGCUCCGGAGGACUGUCACCACCCAUGCGUUGAGUCCGUGGAGCGAUCGCCACGAGUUGGUCACCGUCUUCGGCAGUAUUUACCAGAACCCAGACUUUGUGGACAUCGACUACGAGCUGCUGACGUUCGCCAAGAAUAAGAUCACCAUUUGGUUGACUCGUGUGCACCACAACGUGGACGUCGCGGUCCACCUGAUGGCCACCCGCGAGAUGAUCAACGCCUUGAGUGAAGACAAUCGCGCGAACCAGAGGCUGGCCGAGGAGGACAGGGAUGAGAGCGCUGUCUACUCGCUGUACUGUCUGGCGGUGAUCCGGUUCUGUACGGCUAUCUCGCAGUACUCGCACGAGAAUAAUAUGAAAAGCGUGCGCCGAUUGGCCCACAAGUACUCGUGUCCGCAAUGGAUCAUCGAUUGUCGCCACAGUUUGUGUCAUUCCUCCGGCACUCAGCCGUCCAUCGAAGAGCUCCGAAGCGCGGCACUCAUUGGACUCCAUUGGAUGCGACAGUACUUCUGGGAAAAAGUUUUAGACAAUAAUAGCGCUAAACAUGGCGUUGAUUGCGAUUAUUAUGCGUUAAUCGAGAGGUAUAUUAGCGUCGAGAACAAGGCUAAGAAACGGACUAAAAGUGAGAUAAUAUCCGCUAUUAAACACACGAGGAAUGAGUUGGUGUCGGCGGUGGUCAGACAUCUGAUCGCCAGCGAGAGUAACGGCGACAAGAAGUUGGCGAAUGAGUCGUUAAAAGUGCCGAAAAUGUAUUUAAGAAAGUUUUCAAACGUCUUCGCGAUUAUCAUUAGCUAUCAGUCGCUGCCACUGCUGUUGAAUCAAUUGGUGACACACAUUGACAGCGAUAAUCGCACGCAAAGGCAUCUGGCGAUGAGUUGGUUCGCGACACUGAUCCGCACCAUUGGAUCGGAUCAUAAAGUGUCGAAAUUUAAGAGACAUUUCCAGCGCCUGUCGUACGGGUCGGUGAUGGCGAGGAUAGAGUGGGUGCGCCUACUGUACGCUGUGGUGAAGAGGCCUAAUGGUAGGACAUCAGCACUGAUCCAAUUGAUGGCACCGAUUGUGGCGGAUGUGGUCUCGGAGGACAAGAUUGAGAUACUGAUGAAUCUGGCGAUGAGAUACUCGCACGAAUCGAUUGAGACAAUCAAUGAAAAUAAUGACCAAAACUCUGGUGAUAAAGGAUUCGUCGCGAAGAUAGUGAAAGACUUGUUGCCAGAGAAUCAGAUCAAUGACUCCGAGGCUAAUAGCGGUAAGAUUGCGGAGAUCCCGAUGCCCUACCAGUUUGAAUACAACAUAGAUGAUGGAUAUGGCAAUAAACAGGACAGACAUGAAAAAGCCGAUGAAUACGGGAAUGUCAUCGGAAGCUACGGAUACGUCGACUCCAAUGGGAUUUACAGAAAAGUGGACUACACGGCCGGUCCCGAGGGAUUCGUAGCCAAAAUCAACUCAAACGAGCCAUACCUCAAACACCAGGCAAACCCGGCGCACGUCAUGUAUUUCGUUGAGGACCCACCCGCCGGUGCUAACAAUUACGCCAAACGACAGGCAAACACCUACGAGGCCAGGGAUGAGGUGUACACCGAGCGGAACGACAGAUACGACCGACUGUUCAACAGUCAAAUCAAGGAUCAGAUCUAUAGGUCGUCCGAUAGUAGGGUCGCCGCCAAUGUCGACAACGUAUACGACAAUAACAGUGACAAUGAAUUGGAGAAAUUGAAGCCUUUCCUCGCGAUGUUGAGGCCACAAUACCCGAGAAGCCAGACAAAUGUAAACCCUAACCAACAGGCGUACCAAUCAUUUAACCCAAACCCCAACCAUCACAGUAGGAACUCCGAUGACAUACAGGCCUAU